AUGGAAAGAAACGCUACCUUUAGGAUCCUCCUGCUUGUUUUAUGCUGUACAAUAAAUGUUUUUCUCCUCUCUUCCAGUUCACGUGUGUUUUCAGAUCCAGAUUCUCUGCAAAGAAAUGGUCGACAUUAUGAUGGUGGUGUGAAGCCAAAAGUUAAUGUAAAUCAAAUAUCAAUUACACAGGUUUUCAGCUACAACUUGAGCAGGAAAGGACAGUGGGAAAGAGCAGCCACCCACAACCAUUACAGCCCUCUCAACGUCACGGUUAAUGGCAUCCCCUGCAUUCUGUUCUGGGCCAAGAGAAUCAUGAUUAAGUUUGAAAACCACACGCAGCUGGAUUUAACAGAGAAGACUUUUGGUGUUCAUGCAACAGUGGAUGUUGGAGAAUCAAACUGCAGUGAAGACAAUGCAGUGCUUUCUCUGAACUUUGGUGACAUUGGCAAUCUAAAGGGACUUGUUAUUCGAUUCUUAUUAACAACCAGCUAUUACCAGCUAUCUGUUCAGAAUUGGUUCAGCUUACACAGACUGCAGCUUCUUUACAACAAUUCCAUACAAGCGACGUUUAAUGCAACUAGAAUAUAUGCACCAGUAAGUUACUCCUACCACUGUGAACAUGUGAGCAGCUUGCAGAGAUAUGAUGCACUUCUCUUACCCAGCUCUGCAAAUGAUCCUUCAAAGCUUUGGGAAGUCACUUUUAUUGAUUUCCAGAUUCAAGGUUUUAACAUUCAAGAAGGACACUUUGGCUAUGCAAAAGACUGUGCAUCAUUUUUCUCUCCAGCAAUACUUAUGGGAUUGGUUAUGUCACUCAUUCUGCUGCUGGUACUUGCCUACACUCUUCAUAUGUUGAUGCACCUGAAGUCUCUGGACAGGCACUAUGAAUGCAAAGCUUCUCCUGCCUAUUUUCCUCAUAUGAAAGACAAUUACAUGGGAGAUGAGAAAGAGCCACUGAGAAGCAGUGGAAAUGAGUCCUAUGAACUCAGAAACCAACAGCUCUGUAAAAUCUACAUUUAG